GCAAAGACUCUACUCGAAAUUAGGUUAAGGAUUUCACUUAGCUAGUGCUGCUUUGCCACAGGAGCGCGAAACUCGCUUUGCUCCUUUGCAACCCACAAAGAAACACCAGCCUGUCUCGAACCGCGGAGCAGAAGGAGCUGGACCAACCAGGGAAAAAGAAAUACCAACAGCGAACUUCUCUCUCGAUCUCCGCCUCCUCUCGGGCUGUAAUAUUUGUUGUCGCUCGAAGAAGGUCGGACCUUUGCCGUCGCCGCCUCCUCCUCCUCCGAGGCUGGGGAGAAAGGAGGGGAAAGUCGCGGUGCUGUUGAGUCGUUUUUACGCGGGGACCAAGAUGUCGGUGGCCUUCGCAGCCCCCAGGCAGCGUGGAAAGGGCGAGAUAACGCCGGCUGCCAUCCAGAAGAUGUUGGAUGAGAACAACCAUCUUAUUCAGUGUAUAAUGGACUACCAGAACAAAGGCAAAACUUCAGAAUGUUCACAGUAUCAGCAGUUGUUGCAUACAAACUUGGUCUACCUAGCCACAAUAGCAGACUCCAAUCAAAAUAUGCAAUCCAUACUGCCACCACCACCCACACAGAGUAUGCCAAUGGGUCCAGGAGGAAUGAGUCAGAGCGGCCCUCCUCCACCUCCACGUUCUCACAGUAUGGGUUCAGAUGGUAUGGUAGGUGGGGGCCCUCCUGCACCGCACAUGCAAAACCAGAUGAACGGACAGAUGCCUGGACCUAACCACAUGCCUAUGCAGGGACCUGGACCGAACCAGCUCAAUAUGACAAACAGUUCCAUGAGCAUGCCUUCAAGUAGUCAUGGGUCCAUGGGAGGUUAUAAUCAUUCAGUGCCAUCCUCUCAAAGCAUGCCUGGACAGAAUCAGAUGACAAUGAGUCAAGGACAGCCUAUGGCCAGCUAUGGUCCUAGACCAAAUAUAAGUAUGCAACCAAAUCAAGGCCCAAUGAUGCACCAGCAGCCACCUUCUCAACAGUAUAACAUGCCCCAGGGAGGUGGGCAACAUUAUCAGGGACAGCAGCCACCAAUGGGAAUGAUGGGCCAAGUUAACCAAGGAAACCAUAUGAUGGGACAGAGGCAGAUUCCUCCAUACAGACCACCACAGCAAGGCCCACCACAGCAGUACUCAGGCCAGGAAGACUAUUAUGGGGACCAAUACAGUCAUGGUGGACAAGGUCCUCCAGAAGGCAUGAACCAGCAAUAUUACCCUGAUGGUCAUAGUGAUUACGGUUAUCAGCAACCGUCGUAUCCUGAACAAGGCUACGAUAGGCCUUAUGAGGAUUCCUCCCAACAUUACUACGAAGGAGGAAACUCACAAUAUACUCAGCAGCAGGAUGCCUACCAAGCACCGCCUCAGCAGCAAGGCUAUCAACAGCAGCAGUACCCAAGUCAGCAAGGUUACCCUGGGCAGCAGCAAGGUUACGGCCCUUCUCAAAGUGCUCCAGGACCUCAGUACUCCAAUUAUCCCCAAGGGCAACAAUAUGGAGGAUACAGGCCUACACAGCCUGGGCCCCCACAACCACCACAACAGAGGCCUUAUGGAUAUGACCAGGUCUACAGGCUGACUAAAGAUCCUUCAACAGUUGGGUUUUUAUCCUGACAAUGUGACAGCAACCAAUGGGGCAGUAUGGAAACUACCAACAAUGAAAAAAAUUUCAAUACAAUAACUAGUACCUGUUAGCAGCGUUUUGUCUCUUCAGUAUUGUGGACAUCUCCUUUUGAAGAGAAUCUUCCAUUCUAUCCAGUUUGGGAAACGAAAAAGAAAAAACUCUACGUUGUUGAUAAAUGGCUGCUUUUCAAUAUAUUGCCUUUAUGAACUAA